CUGCGCCAAAACUCUGCAGCAAAGAGCAGCCAUUUUCUCGGAAGGUCGAAUUCGGACGGUAUGUUCGUAAGACGGCCGCCAGAGUGCACAACGCGACGGAUAACCAAAGGGGGCGUGGCUGCCUUUGGCCCUACUUCGGCCUUUGCUAACGAGAACAUAAACAAAUCCUCGUGCUUUUAGUGUGUAAAAUACCUUUAUGUAUUAAUAUUUUCAAAAGAAACGAGCAAAACGAGGAUUUUAAGCUUUACUUGAGCACUUGCAUGAUUGCAAGGUUUCUUAGUAGAUUUAGAAUCAGUAACAUCGUUGGGAAGAGGAAGGAAUUCGAGAUGGGCCCUACAUAUUACUACGCUGUUGUCGUUGGCAGGAAACGAGGAAUUUUCAUGACAUGGAAAGAAUGCUUUGAACAAGUGAACAAGAUUGCCAAUGCAAAAUUCAAGAAGUUCAAUACUGAAAAGGAAGCUCAGGACUUUGUUGAGAAAUAUGCAAGUCCUGUGAAGCAGUCGCCGGAGAAAGCCUUCCGAUGGAACCAACCGCCCAUCCGACAUGCCGCUUCACAACCAGUACCACCAACUUUUGCCUCAUCAUCUCCAGCCCUGCUGUCAAAUCCUUCCUGGCCUCCGCCUAAUACACAGCAGACGAAGCCGAACCCGGCAGCAUCGACUUCUUUGUCCAAUAGCAUGUUGCAACCGCCUUACCUGCAGAAAAACCCUCAAACUCCAAAAGGAAGUGCAAAUGUGAGUCUAAAAAAACCACACCAGACCAAGCCACGAAAUACCCAGAAAAAAAAUGAUCCUGACCUAAAAAAGAAAAAGGAAAUUAGAAAUGCUGCCAAAAGAGCUGCCAAAAAAACUUUAAGGGAAGCUGUUAAGAAAGUUGUAAAAGAAACUUUAAAAAGAAAUAAAUUUAAGCCCCAGACAAAUCAAGAAUUUGCACUACAGAGAAUAGUUGUAAAACAUACACAGCAGAAUGGAAAGCAGACUUCUAAUAUAAAAAAUAUCCCAAAGGGCAACCCUCAGAAGAAAAACAACAAGAGGCCAUCCCAAAGAGAGGACGCCCCUAACUUCAAGGUUCCGAGGAGGGAGAGUUCUGAGGACGACAGGCGCGUCAGCUUGAGACUACAGGAAGCGGAGAGGCAAAGGGCAGACAGCGAGCAAGGAGAACUGCAGAAACUAAAGGAAGACCUCGAGCGAAUGAAGGGCAAACAGAGUCUGUUGGAGGAACAAAUCAUGACAAUUGUGCAGACAAUCCAGGAGAAAAAUGACACCAUGGAGACAAUGAAAGCUGAAAUUGCUUCACUUGAGAGGAGGAUAACGAUUGCGGAGGCUGGCAAACCAAGUUCCCUGAAAGAAGCUGUUGACCGAAUAAGAAUCAACCAAGAACCUCAACGAAAAACUCAGCUGAUUGACCCUCAACCUUCUACCAGUUAUGGAGACAUAUCUGUCAAGACCGAGAAUGACGCUUUUGUAUAUGAUUCUGAAAACUACUGUAUAGUCUAUACAGACGGCUGCUGCCUUAACAAUGGAGGGUUUGAGCCAAAGGCAGGUGUGGGUGUUUACUUUGGAAAUGGCCACAAGUACAACAUGAGCGAGCCUCUCACCAACUGCAAGCCAACAAAUAACAAUGCAGAAAUACAAGCUGCUACCUUGGCCGUCAUAGUGGCUAGUGGUGCAGGCAUAAACAAGCUGAACAUUCACACAGACUCGCAAUUCCUGAUCAAGUGUAUGACUGAGUGGCUUCCAAGGUGGCUGAGUAACAACUGGAAAACAUCCAGUAACAAACCUGUGGAAAAUAAAGAUCAGCUUGAGCUACUGGCCCACCACCUGGAAGACAUUGAAGUGAAAUGGACUUAUGUUCCUGGCCAUUCAAAUGUACAUGGCAAUGAAAUGGCUGACCGGCUGGCCAAUGAAGGAGCUGCUAGAUUUGUCAAAGAAACACAAGAGUGACCAAGUAAAAUCACCAAGACAUUCAAGGAAUGUGUCUUUCUGAUGGAAAAUCAACACAAAAAUUGGUAUUCUUUAAGAUAUUUUCUGUUUUAGAAAAAUAUACAUUUAUCUCCAAUAAUCUUAUCCUUUUUGAAUUUAUUUUAAUAUACCCUUCAAGGGUUAACUUUUCAUUGUGAAGAAAAGAAAACUGGCAAUAAAUACAAAAUUAAUUUUUUA